AUGCUAGAGCUCCACGAUGCAAUCCCCACCGACGCCCAGGACCUCACAGAGGUUUUCCUAGCGGCAUUCUCAGAUCCUUUCAACAGAACCCUGUUCCCACCCACAGCAGAAGUGAGAAAGUGGUUAGCUGACAGUUUCCUGAAUGCCAAGGGACUUGCAUCAGAGCAUGAAGUUAUCUUGAAAGCGACAGAUGACAAUGGGAAGCCCGUCGCAUUCGCGAAAUGGGUCCGCCCCUAUCACGCCGCUGCAGAUCGGGAUCUGCGGUCCGAUGAUGCCGUGGGCGGGUGGCCUGUGGGAAGCGAUAAGGAACUUUGCGAAUUGUUUUUUGGGACUAUGGGUGAUCAUCAUCAUAGGUUGAUGGGAGAUCGGCCUCAUUAUUAUCUUGAGCUAUUGGGAGUCCACCCUUCUUACCAGGGACGAGGUCUUGCUUCUAAAUUGCUGAAGUGGGGAUUGGCUAGGGCGGAUGAAGAGAGUGUUGAGGUCUUCCUUUCCAGCUCCCCUGAAGGAAAGUUCAUGUAUGAGAAGAACGGGUUUAAGCCGUACGAGUCAUUUUCGCCGUUCCCUGGUUAUGAGCAGUUGAGUAUGAUUCGGCCAGCUCAACAUUGA